UACAAUGUAUGCGUUGUGUCAGGUAAUACUCUCCCCUCUCUGUCAUCAAUAAUUCUGAUUUCUGAGUUAAACCUUUUUUUUAUUUUGGUUUUUGUUUUUUUGUUUUUCCACAAAACCAAUCUUCUGCAAAAUCAGCCCCUCCCAUGUUCAGAAUUUAUAGAGACUUCUCAAGCUUUCUCUUCUCAUCACCCAAUAAUGCCCCUAAAAAAGCUGCUUUUGUCCGAAACUGCAUGUGGAUCUCACUGUAUUGGCUUCUCUAUUCCUAUCUGUAAACCAUAGGUUCAAUUAAGUUUCCAAUUCCAAAACUUACGAAAUCGACCAUCUGGGUUUUGCAGAAAAAAACAGUGUUCUAUAACCUGCUCAUCUGUUGUUUACAUUUUACUCCACAACAAAAACCAACUCCUCUGUGAAGUCAUUUUCUCUCCUUCUCUCUCUCCCCCCCUCUCUCCAUUGUCUGGUCACAACUUGUACUGGAAAAGCUUUGGACAUUUCAUCUGUACUUCUGUCUGAAAGGUUUUCAUUACAGUUGCAUUUCUAGUAACAAAUCUUAUCUUGGUUGUUUUCGUACUCCACUCUGUUUCUCAAUCUGUGUACCAUCAUUUGUCCCAAGGGCUUUAACCUUUUGAUCUGGGUUGUUGAGACAUGUGGUUCUGUCUCUGUUUUGUCUUAAGUAGUUUUGGUGUUCUAUCAAAAAACUGCUAAAACUAUUUUGGUUAACUUUUUGCAACUGGGUAUGAAUUGAUACCCCUUUACCCCUAUUUCUAAUACCUAUCAAGGGUUCAAGAUUGAAAUUUGUGACCUUUCUUUACAAUCUGGGUGUAAGGAGAAACCCAGGAGGAAAAAGCCCUAGAUUUUAUUGUGUUCUUCAUUUGGGUUUGUCAGAGUGAUGCAAAUUGAAGUCCCAACAACCCCAUUUUUCUGCUCUCCAAGACCUAACAAGAUCCAUAUUUCUUAACCCUAAAAGUUUCAGUCUUUGUGCUAUAGGAUAAAAUAACACUUUUUUUUUUUUUCCAAUCCAUGUCAAGAUUUAUCUUGUUCUCAUAGGCAAUCUUGAAAUUUUCCAUCUUGGUUUCUCUCAUAGUGAUUCAUAUUGAAGUCCCCAACAAACUCCCUUUUCAGAUUUUUGAACCUGGUUUUCGAACAGGUUAUCAAGGGGGUAAAAAGAGUGAGGGCAGGAAAUCCAUAUUUUCCAACCUCAUUUUAAAGAUUUCGCAUGUUCUCAUAGGAAAUCUUGAACUUCUCCAUCUGGCUUUCUUCAGAGUGAUGCAAAUUGAUCCCUCAAGAUUCAAGAAUGGCUACUUUGGUCCCUGGUGUUCUAGUGAAGCUUCUACAGCACAUGAACACAGAGGUGAACAUUGCUGGUGAGCACAGAUCAUCUCUUUUGCAAGUAGUUAGCAUUGUCCCUGCACUAGCUGGUGGUGAACUCUUCGCAAACCAAGGGUUUUACAUAAAGGUAUCAGACUCAUCUCAUGCCACUUAUGUAUCUCUUCCUGAUGAACAUGAUGAUUUGAUACUUAGUGAUAAAAUUCAGUUGGGUCAAUUCAUACAUGUAGAAAGGUUAGAGGCCGCCUCUCCGGUCCCCGUUAUUCGCGGGGUUAGACCGGUCCCGGGCCGCCACCCUUGUGUUGGAAGCCCAGAAGAUAUUGUUGCAACCCAUUCAUUGAAUUUCCUCAACAGCAAUUUCGAUCCUUCAUCGGGUUCAAAACCCUUGGAUAAAUCAAAAUCACCUGCUAAAGUAUUGGGUAGUAUUCAUGUUGGAGUGAAAGAUAGUAGUAGCAAGUCUAGCCAGUUGAGAAUAGAUGGUGGAUCUAAGGAGGAGAAAUCGGGUAUGAAAACACCGGUGUUGAGUCGAACAAAGUCAUCUAUAUUGACGAAAUCGGCUUUGAGUUUGUUAGAGAAGAAGGAAUCUGUGGUGAAAUCGAAGACAUCAAAUUCAAAGUCGAUCCCUUCUUCCCCAACGAGUUGUUACUCGGUGCCAAAUUCUUUUGAGAAGUUUGCAAAUGGGCUUAAGCAGCAGGCUAAGAUUAAGGGGUUGGCUAAGGCAACAAGUAAAUCAGGGGUGGGGGAAAAGACCAGUUCGGUUAGCGGCGCCAGUCCGAGGGUAAAGAAAGCAGCACCGGGUGUGAGUACGAUCAAGAAUUUGAUUCAAGGGAUUGAGUGGGGCCCUAAGGUUCUGAGAAAGAGCUGGGAAGGAAGCAUGGAGAUGAAAAGUAAAGACAGUCCCAGAUCGAGGACCACCAAGCUUGAGUUAAAGCCCGAGUCUCGGAGUACUUCUGUUCCGAGAAAAUCAACAAGUGAAAGGUUGCCAUCUAAAGAGGAUAAGUUUCAGGUUCCUACCAAGAAAGCUACUGCAAACGGGGAUUUAGAUGAUGUUGACAAGUCAAAUAAGAGGAAAAAUUCUGUUGGAAAGAAACCAUCGGGAGAGGUUGCUAAUCAUGGAUUACCAGGAAACUUGGUCAAGGUUUCUCUUGGUAACAGGAGAUUAACGGAUGGAAGUGUUUCAUGGGCUUCACUCCCACCUUCUCUUUCAAGGCUUGGAAAGGAAGUAUUGAAGCACAGAGAUGCUGCACAAACAUCUGCUAUGGAGGCACUGCAAGAGGCUGCUGCGGCAGAGAGUAUACUUCGCUGUUUAAGCACAUAUUCUGAGCUACGUUCCUCUGCUAAGGAAGACAACCCACAACCGGCAGUAGAACAGUUCUUGACGCUUCACACAAACUUGAACAAUGCUCGUCUCAUUGCCGAUUCCUUAUCUAAAACCAUUCCUAUUUGUUCAUCUCCGGAUCACGAAGAAAGCCCUUCAGAAGAAGCACUUAAAAUCACGUCAGAAAGACAAAAACAAGCAACUUCUUGGGUCCAAGCUGCUUUAGCAACUAAUUUAUCAACCUUCACUGCAUUUACCAAGCAAACUGCUUCAAGCCAGAUCCCUGUUUCUGCUCAAAUCCCAAAAACCGCUUCCAUAAGUCAACCCAUAUUAGUCAUUGACAACUCCGCAAAAGGUGCUCCAACAAAAGCCCCAGCCACCAAACCCCGCCUGUCAGUGAGCUCGAAGGCACUCACUCCGGGAACUCCACGAAGACUAGUGGAGGGGGCUGCGGUUAAUCAAAAGCCGCCGGCCCCUCCACCGGUGGAAUGGGUAAGAGGUGACGGGCUUAGCGAAGCGGUUGACUUGGGUGGAAGGUUGCGAGUGGUGUCCCAGGAUUGGUUCUUAGGGUUUGUGGAGAGAUUCUUGGAUGCUGACGUGGAUACUUCCGCUUUAUCAGAUAACGGUCAAAUUGCAGGCAUGUUGACUCAGCUGAAGAGCGUGAAUGAUUGGUUAGAUGAGAUUGGAAAGGAUGAAGGAGAAUGUCCAAGUGUUGAGCCGGAGACGGUUGAUAGGAUACGGAAGAAGAUUUAUGAGUACCUUCUCACGCACGUAGAAUCCGCCGCUGCUGCACUCGGUGGCGGCGGAUCUCUACCAUCGCCAAUUACUGAGAUCAAAGCAAGAAGAUGACACCAAGACAUGUAACAUGUCGGGGUGGACCCACUGCUGAGCAGUAAAAGGAGGUUGGUGUUUUCAAUUUGUGUAUAUAAAUCGUACACAGGGUUCAAGCAUAGGUAAAAUAGUCAAAUGGUAACGAAGAAAUGCGUUCGUUAUGGAGUUUAAGGUUCCGAUGUGUUUUUUUAUUUUUUCUGUCCUGGCAACUUUCUUUACUCGAAACGGUACAAAUGGGAAGAGUUUUAGAUAAGAGGGGGAGAUUGGGCUUUUAUAUUUAACAUUCAUGUGUAUGUUGUACCACUAUUGGUAAAAUCAGAUUCAAAAAUUGAUGCUUUUCGCUUGGUGCA